AUGUCUAAGCCUGCUGUUGGUUUUGUUGGCCUUGGAGCCAUGGGCUUUGGCAUGGCAACCCACCUUGUGAAAGAGGGAUACCCCGUUCACGGCUUUGAUGUGUUCCCUGCCUCGGUGGACCGCUUCAAGACCGCAGGAGGCAUUCCUGCCUCGUCGCUGCAAGAAUCUGCCGAUGGGAAGCAGUACUAUGUCUGCAUGGUGGCUUCAGCACCUCAGGUGCAGAGUGUAUUGUUUGGUGAGGGUGGCAUUGUUUCAGCACUCCCUCAGAAUGCGACUCUCCUUCUUUGCUCCACCGUCCCUGCGUCUUACGCCCAGUCCGUUGCGGCUGAGCUGCAAUCGCUCGGUCGGGGAGAUAUCCGGUUCAUUGAUGCUCCUGUCUCUGGCGGUGCUAAACGCGCUGCCGAUGGCACUUUGUCGAUCAUGGCUGGUGCGCCGGAUGCUGCGCUGGAGAAGGGCCGAUUCCUGCUUGAAGCCAUGUCCGAUGCGAACAAGCUGUAUCUGGUUCCUGGAGGCAUUGGCGCCGGAAGUAAUAUGAAGAUGGUUCACCAGGUUCUGGCUGGUAUUCAUAUUCUCGGUGCGAGUGAGGCAAUGGGCUUUGCUGCUCAGCUGGGGCUAGAUGCGACAAAGACUGCAGAGGCUAUCAUAUCGUCUGACUCGUGGACCUGGAUGCAUGAGAACAGACUGCAGCGCAUGCUGGAGGAAGAUUGGCAUCCUGGGGCCAGCGCCUUGACAAUUAUCCUCAAGGAUGUGGGCAUCAUUACUACUUCCGCCCGCCAGAAUCAGUUCCCCACGCCCCUUUGCUCAACCGCAGAGCAGGUUUAUCUCUCGGCUUUGCUCCAGGGCUAUGGCCCUGUCGACGACUCCUCUAUGGUUCGCCAGUAUUACUCAGGGCCAAUCACGGAGGUCGUGUGUACCAAGACCAAGUCUGCCGAGGAGACUGCCGAGGCUCUGCAGCUCGUUCUGGAUAUGAUGCAAUUGACCAACCUCGUGGCUGCAGCGGAAGCUAUUUCGUUUGCCCGCCAUCUCAAUGUUGAUCUCAAGCAGUUUUUUUCUCUCGUCAGCGAUGCCGCAGGUGCUAGCCGGCAGUUUAUGACCAAAGGCCUCGAGAUGAUUGAGGGCCGCAUUGGGCAGAAUUCCGGGACCGUCAGUGAUGUUGUUAACCGUCUGGAGAAGGCCGUGCAAAAAGCGCGAGAUCUUCACUGCCCACUGAAUCUGGGCAAUGCGGCCCUGAAUGUUCUGCUAAUGGCUAAGCAGGCAGGAUUCGGUGCCGAAGGAAGCACCAGCGUAAUCAAGGUUUUUGGCAAUUAA